GUUCACUCGUUCACUCAUUCACUCCCUUGGCUGCUCGACACACGCACUCACCCUCUCACCUUCUCACACACACUUUUUCCCUCGCUCUCCCCGCGCUGUUCGAACCUCUCCCUCGCUCUCACACACACGUCCACACACGACCACACGCUCACACAUCUUCAUCUGACUUUCUCUUUCCAGGUAACCUGACUUGAAUUGAGCCUUCACUCUUUCGGAGAGGGGAAACUCCACCUUACUGCUCCUUGCUCCGUACAUAUUGGUGCUUGACCAAAGCUGCGGUCGCGGAUCCCAUUGGUCCUCUGGCCCUCUGGCCCUCUGGCCCUCGACCCUCUGUCGCUCCUGUCCCUGCUGAUCCCCGACCUCUGACCUGGCCCUGCUCAGACAGAAAAAGAAAGGACAAGCUGGGAAAGUUGAGAUACUCCGCAAGGCCCAUGACUCGACAACCCACGAGGCCCCCACCAUAGUUGGGUUGCUGGGAUCGUUCAGGCAGACCAGACCCUUUCGUUUAAGCCUACCACCCCAGUUCGCCUCAACCGCCCCGUUAGCAACAACCUAUUUAUCCUUGAAGUCUUCGAGAACAUCCACCACCACCCAAGCCAAGAGACCCUCCACUACCACUACCGUCCACCCUCCCACCGCUGCCCGCCGGCCAAAUCACUAAGCUAAACCCGAUUCCCAAACAGCCAAGCAGUUUAAAAAGGACAAAGCACGGACAAGCAGCCUCGGGCGGGCAGCCCAAACCCCUGUGAACCUUUAGGCAUUCAUCAAGGCAGCUGGCACGUUUAAACUUUUUUAACUAACUACUCACCUUCGACUUCCUGCCCUCGUGGGGUGGAUGGAACUCAACCUCGCCUCUCUGCCGACCUCCAACUCUUGCGCCUCGACUUCAUUCCUGUCCCUCAUUUCGGAUUUCAGCCUCACCCUCUGUCUAACAUUCUUCACCGGUUCCAAGGGUCAACGCAUACCUAGCAGCUCCCGGAUAUCUAUUGCGUGAUUCUCUAUCCAGCAGCCUUCAUACGCGUCGCAAAUUUCGGCCAACCACCGUUUACGCCCGCACUGCCCCCUUCGACCACCCGUCAACCGGAGACAUCCCUAUCAUCCCAACAUGCCUUGUCCUCCAAAUCCCUCGAUAUAAUGCACUGAUUAUUAUCGCCAAUUCCGCCAAAUCGCCCUUGACACUUAAAAUCCACUUUCCGCCAUGGCUUCUGCCGACGGCUCGCCUGUCGAUCGCAAAAGCAAAAUCUCAAAGCGUUCUUCCAACUCAUACACCUCGGAAGAGUGGCGGAGACAUCGACCUUUAAUCACCCAGUUAUACUUCGAGGAAGGCCGAACCCUCAAGGAUGUGGCCGAAUACCUGAAAAGAGAAUAUGAUUUUGCGCCCACUGAGCGCAUGUAUAAAAGUCGACUCCAUACCUGGGGUCUGGAUAAGAAAAAGAAGGAGCACGAAAUGCUCGAUCUGGUUCGCCAAGGCCUGCAACAAAAGGGCGACGACAAGGACAAAGUCUUUUUGGUGAGAGGAAGGCAAGUUACCCUCGCCGACGCCUUGCAUUACUUCAACCGCAAGGGCAUCAAAGACCCUUCGAGCCUUUUGGAGCCUCACAGAUCACUAUCCGGCGAACUGUCAUCUCCCGAGGAUGCCGACGUCAAAACACCGCUGUCAUCCAACGAUGACGUUCUCAACGCCACCCAAGAUGUAUCCGAUCUUGAAAUGACCAGGAGUCCUAUGGAUAUGAGCGAGCAAGAAAAGGCGCCCCUGGCCUUGAGAUUGAGGGCUUCCGAUGUUGCCGCCGACCGUCUAGCCAUUUUACAACAAGCCUUGAAUAUACCCGAACUCCCGCCGAUGCCACCAUUCCGCACGAUUUCUGUCGAGUCAUCGGUCGCGCAAGUCACGGUUUCGGCCGAAGACCAACGAUAUCAGGAUGUCAUCUUUCAAAACAUGCAAAACCACUACAUGAAUUUGUUCACGGCACGGAAUUUGUCCAUCCGCAACACUACCGGCACGUGGACUGCAACCUCGGACGACGCCCUGGCCGACAGGUUUUACUAUUCCAUGUACCAUGGUUAUUCAUUUCUCUGGAACGGCCAGCGGGAUCGAGCCUUUGACAAUUUUUACAAAGCCUUUGCGCUCAUCGAAGGUCUGUUAAAGGAUGAUCAUGUUGGCUUCAUGAUUUACAUCUUUGACCUGAUCAUCCGACAUGACGGAACGGGAUAUGAAGAACCCUUACUCAUGCUUUUAAAACACUUGGCCGACAUGGCCAAAACCGUCUUCGAGUGCGAAGAGCACCCCAUCUACAUUAUUGCUACGCACAUGCACGAUGCCACCGCGUCGCGAGCCUGGUUAGCCGAGUCCACCUUGCGUAGACUGCUCGAUUUCUUCCAAGAUAGCAUAGGGUACUUCCACCCCGAAACGAUCGCCUUGCUACAGACCUUUGCAAGUGGUCUCCUGAAUCGGGAACAUUUUGCCGAAGCCGCCGUCAGAUUCCAGCAGCUGGUUGAUGCUUUCGAAACCACUGUGAACAAACGAUGCUACGAGGCUUGCUACGCUCUGCGGUCGACUUCGGAAGCAUUUUUCCACAUGGAAGAGUACACGCAGGCACUCCAAGCCAUCAAUGCGGCGCUGGAACGGUGCCAGACGUUGCCGCGGCCUGAGGAACGUGAGAUCUACGUCCGAUGCUUGCGAGGAUUGGCCGAGAUCUCAAAUCGUCUGGGUCGGAAGGAGGAAGCCAACGAAACCAUGCAACAUGUGGUUGAUAUCUGCCGGGACGCAUUCGGACCUGAACAUCCAUUCACGAACCGUGCUAGGAUGCAUCUCAAAACAAUUUUAAAAGGCGACGCAACGAGCGACUCUGCGAUCCCACCAAUGGUUUACAGGCUGGGCCGCGGUGGCAACGCCGCCAAAUAUAUCUGGAUUUCUCGAUCAAGUCCCACUCGAUUGCAGGCUUAAUGCGAUCAGGGAUUUUGAAUCCUCAGAGAAAACAAAAGGGAAACAACAAAACAAACGACACGACUGUUACGACGUUUCAUGACGGGAUUGAUAGGAUGGUUGCGUCUGUCCGCCUUUCGCUGGUUUUACAUACCCUUGUAUCGUUGCAUGGUUUUUUUGGGAACAGAGCGAAGUCCCCAGUUGGGCUCACCAGGCAUUGGAGUGUUCACAGCACAUGAGUACAUGUUCUUGAGAAGGAAAGAUUUGUGACGGCCUCUUAUGUAGCUUGGAAGCUUUUGGCGGUGUUGAGGCUGGCUAGUUUUUUUUUUGGUGGUUGGCUUUCGGAGCAUUUGCGCGGCCGUUGAAAGUUUGUUUACUUGGUGGCGGCGACGGGCCCUACCACGCAUUUCGGAGUGCUCUGGGGCCGGACAUGCGAUCUCGGGUUGAUUGCGUACGACAUGCAGGAUGGGUCUUCUGUCGAACGAUCGGCGUCACAGUACGGAACUCCUGCUUGCAGACCUGUGAAGCGCAGAGCCACCAGGCGUACGAUAUAAAAGGGGAGACGCCUAUCUCGGUGCACACGAGGACAUUUCGUCGACAGGCACUUGGUGAGACAUCGGACUGCAGUCUGCAAGUAGUGGCGGGGGAUUGUGGAGGGCUAUUAGGCUUUGUCCCGAGCCCGGGCCUAAACCGAGAUACUUUUGGGGGCUGAUUACAGCAUUGUGCGUCGUGGUGGUGCUCGCACGACUCGCUGGGAAGGGGGGGGGACUAAGGCGACCUGAAUUUAGCAGCAGGUGCAGCAAUCUGGCCUCUCGUGCCUCUCGAAAGG